GCUCGCUCGUCUCCUUCUGCCUGCCCCCCGGCAGCCUACGCGGGAUCUCCCUGCACUUGCUGGCGCUCUCCUACGGGGGUGGUUGCUUCCUGGGGGCGCUCAUUAUCCAGCUGCUCUACCUGCUCUCUGGGGGUAACUUCUACCCAAAUGACCUGAGCGAUGGCAACCUGGAGUGGUUCUUCUUCCUUCUGGCUGCCCUGAUGACUGUAAACACACUGGUCUUCUGGAGGAUCUCCCACAGGUACCAGGACCUCAGCAGGCAGCUGGACCAGGACCUCAGCAGCAGCAGCCACCUGGACGAGAAGCUGCAGUUACACAAGAGCUGCUUGCGUUUCUAUGACACCGUGGAGUGGUCUUACACCAUGGAGACGACCUUGUGAUGCAGCCGUCGCGAGUGGUGUCUCGACACCAUACACCUAUACAUAUUUACUUUGUACAGUUAAGCUUAUAUGUGUAAAUAUCAUACAUUUCUGUAAAUAGCUUUUAUACCUCAUGUCCUGUAUAUGCAUUGUUUUACUUCUUGUGAAUAAAAGGUAUUUAAAUCCAA